AUGGGAAGCAACAUUGCAGCUGACAUGUCGAUUGUACAAGCACAAAUCGGCACUGUUGAAGAGACAUUUCUGAACAUGAAUAGCAGGAUUAGUGUUCUUGCCACCAGCAGCACUGAAACAAUCACUUCUAUUGACAGUUUGUCCAGGGUUCCCCUCGUUGCCCCUGCAAAUACAAUGGCUAAUGUUGCUCAGCAUGCUUUCAACGCCCCAUCUGAGUUUAGCAAGAAGGCAUCUAAUGAUGUUUACGUGAGUAUCAACGUGUCCCAUAUUCGUAAUCUCAUGUGGGAUCCCAAGCUUAAAACAAGAAACCAAGCUGAUAUCCUGGCAAAUGAGAGUAAGCCCAGAUGGAAUACGAAUGUUUUCUUUUCUAAGUCACCAAACAAGGAGUUGGUGGUGCGACUUCUUGAAAACUUGAAGCGCAAGUUUACCCAUGAGGGAUUCAGAGAGGCAGAUUUGAGAGCAAGACUACACAAAAACUUCACCAGCCGGGUUUCGAAAGCGAGAAAAACCGAAGAGGGAAUAAAAGCAACAAACACUCGUUCAAGAAGGGCAGGACGUGCCAGAGGUAAUCAUACUCGCCGUUUACUUGCAUACACAGACAACAAAGACGCAAUUGAUCUAGAGAUGAAGAGAGAUUGUGACUUCACGAUGCAAGUGGCAGCGAUUUCCGAUGGAGAAUCUGCAGAUGAAGACUCUGAGAAUCACACGAAGAGCAUCGUCAAGAUUGUUCGGUCAGGAUGGAGAAGUGACGAGUUCAACUGUCUCAAUGAACUCGUUGAUAUUAUGUUGUUGAUGCAAUGGGGGCAAGUGCUCGUCAAAUGA